UGUUAAAGUAAAUUUUCCAACAGAUCGUCAGUUUUAUAUUGAAUAUCGUAAAAAAAUAUACAUACAUAAAUGUUCUCUGGCAAAAAGACAUUUUAUCAACAAGUUCUUAUCAAAAUUAUUAUUUUUGUCUAAAUGGACAGAAAAAACAAAACUUGUCUUCCAGUGGUGGCUAUCAAAUCUGCUGAUUUAGUCAUACUAGUGGCUUCGGCGCAAUUUUAUCAAAUACGAAAAAUUGAUGAAUAUAUAGCAUUCUCAUACGCGGGCAACCAACCAAAUGGGAACGAUUUUUUUAUGCAUCUGGUAGAGGAAGCUGGAAAAUACAAAUUUGCUUAUUCAACAGCAUGUCCAAUGAUACGUCUUGUAAAACAUCUUUGCAAAAAGAUACAAAUAAGAACACAACGUUACGACAGAAAGCCAUAUGAUGUUGAGGUUUUACUGACCGGUUGUGAUGAUAGUGGAAUACAUAUAUAUCACAUUGAUUCUUCUGGCAAUUUUUAUGAAUGCAACGCAAUGGCUAUAGGUUCGGGGUCUAAGCGGGCAUGUGAAUAUUUGGAAAAACUACUUCUAACGAAUUCAAAAGGCAUAUUAUGUGCUGAGGAUGAACUGAAAUCUCAUGGCCUCCAAGCUUUCCUAGAUGCAUGCCGUAAUGAUGAGAAGAAUGUCAUAGCUACAAUUGGCACAAAGAGAAGGUACGAGAGAGAUUUCUUGUGAAUAGAAUUGAAUUGUUUAUGUAAAAGUGGAAGAAUCAUAUUCAACAUUUUUUAAUAUAUAUAGAUAUGCUUAAUGUUUUAAUAAAUUAUUAUAAUGACAUAA